UCCACAUAAUUGCACAACGAAUAAGUAUAUAAGCAGGAAGUAGAGCAACUUGUUUUGAAUCUUUUACCUGAACAAAAUAUGGAGAGUCCGGAGUUAACGUUUACUUUAGCCUACACUGUUUUCUCUCUCUGCUUUGUUUUUACGCCCAACGAGUUCCGUUCGGCAGGUUUGACGAUCCAGAACUUAUUUUCUUCCUGGUUAGGAAGUGAGGACGUGGGAUUUGUACAAUAUCAUGUCAGGAGGAGCAGCCUCACUCUUCUGGUCCACUCGGCACUGCCACUAGGUUACUACCUGGGCAUGUGUAUCGCUGCUCCAGAGAAACAUCUGACAUAUGUUCACCAGUUGAGUGACAACUGGAGAAUGUUCCUUAGUCUCUCCGUGUGCCUCCUGCUGGGCAGCUGGACGCUCAUCUUCUACUGGUCCCGCCAUCACUGGUACAACCAUCCGAUGAGCAGAGCUCUGCAGGCCCAUGUGCAGCCGCCUCACUCAAACUGGGGCUCAGUGGCCAGAAGCAUCAACACAGAGUUCAGACGUAUCGAUAAGUUUGCCACUGGGGCACCUGGAGCCAGAGUUAUUGUCACAGACAGCUGGGUGUUAAAGGUGACCACCUAUCAUGUGUACAUGGCUGCACAGAGUGACUGUCAUGUGACUGUGACCGAGUCCAUUCAGCACCAGCUGAGCCCCGACUCAUCCUCGCCCUUACAGCUGCUAACAUUGAGGGUGCACAGCACCAACCCUGCUGUGGGACCCUUUGAUAUCAGGUUGAACUCCACAGAGUAUGCAGAGCUCAGGGAGAAGCUCCACGCUCCCAUCAGGAACUCAGCAAAUGUAGUUAUUCACCGAACCAUUAGCGAACUUUUCCUAGAAACAUUCCGGACUCAGGUGGAGCUCAACCAGCCUUACUCACUCCCUAGUGGACAGGAUUUGGAGCCUUGUAUUGGCUGUAUGCAGGUUCAAGCAAAUACCAAGCUCAUCAGACUCUGCUCUGAAGAAGGAGCUCAUUCAGAGUGCGAGCAGUGUUUCUGCAGACCCAUGUGGUGUUUGUCCUGUUUGGGUCGGUGGUUUGCCAGCCGCCAAGACCAGCAAAGACCUGAGACCUGGUUGUCCAGCGUAGUCCCCUGUCCCACAUGUAGAGCCAAAUUCUGUAUACUGGAUGUGUGUGUGGUACGCUGACACACAUCAUCGCUAUGAAAUGAACGCUGGUCUUAACAUAUUAUUCUGUUGUCUGAAAGCAUCACCAUAUGUUUAUGGCCUGGUAAGAAGUUUUUUAUUGUUUAUAUUCCCCUGUUAAAUGGUUGUUGCCUCUG